UUCAUAUAAUCUUCCUUUCUAUUCUAACUUCUUUUCAUUUUCUCUAGGAAGGCCUUUUGAUUCCUCUAACCACUUUAAUUAAUCAAGCCAUUCACCAUGGGAGAUGCAUUAAUGGCGGAAUUUGGAGCUGCGGCCCCGUUUCUUCGCAAGUCUGAUAAGGAGCGGCUUGAGGCCCAGACACGACCAUUUGACAUAAGGACUGAGUGCUUUGUGGCAGAUGACAAGAUUGAAUAUGUUAAAGGCAAAAUCAUCAGCCGUGAAGGUGACAAAGUAACUGUAGACACAGAGGAUGGCAGGACUGUCACUGCCAAGGAUUCUGAUGUACACCCACAGAAUCCUCCAAAAUUUGAUAAGAUUGAGGAUAUGGCCAUGUUCACCUUUUUACACGAGCCAGCUGUGCUGUUUAACCUCAAAGAGCGUUAUGCAUCCUGGAUGAUCUAUACCUACUCAGGGCUGUUCUGUGUCACUGUGAACCCCUACAAGUGGCUGCCCGUCUACAAUGCUGAGGUGGUUGGUGCCUACCGAGGCAAGAAGAGAACCGAGGCUCCUCCUCACAUCUUCUCCAUCUCUGACAAUGCCUACCAGUACAUGCUGACAGAUCGUGAGAAUCAGUCUGUUCUGAUCACUGGAGAAUCCGGUGCUGGGAAGACUGUGAACACCAAAAGGGUCAUUCAGUAUUUUGCCAGUAUUGCUGCCAUUGGAGGCAACAAGAAGGACACCAGUAAGGGUACACUGGAAGAUCAAAUCAUCCAGGCCAACCCUGCUUUGGAAGCCUUUGGAAAUGCCAAGACACUCCGAAAUGAUAAUUCCUCACGCUUUGGUAAAUUCAUUCGAAUUCAUUUUGGGGCUACUGGCAAGUUAGCUUCAGCAGAUAUUGAAACUUAUCUUCUUGAGAAGUCUCGAGUUAUCUUUCAGCUUAAGGCUGAGAGAAACUAUCAUAUCUUCUACCAGAUCAUGUCUAACAAAAAGCCAGAGCUGCUGGACAUGCUUCUUAUCACUAAUAACCCUUAUGACUACUCCUACGUGUCCCAGGGUGAGGUGACUGUUCCAUCCAUUGAUGAUGCAGAGGAGUUAAUGUUAACUGAUAGUGCAUUUGAUGUGCUAGGCUUUACCCAAGAGGAGAAGCUAAGUGUCUACAAACUGACUGGAGCCAUCAUGCACUAUGGCAAUAUGCGGUUCAAACAGAAGCAGCGUGAAGAGCAGGCAGAACCAGAUGGCACAGAAUCUGCUGACAAGUCAGCAUAUCUGAUGGGUUUGAAUUCUGCAGACCUCCUCAAAGGUCUUUGUCAUCCUCGUGUCAAAGUUGGGAAUGAAUAUGUGACAAAAGGGCAGAAUGUCCAACAGGUCUACUACUCACUUGGUGCUCUUGGCAAGUCAGUGUAUGAAAAGAUGUUUAACUGGAUGGUUGUGAGAAUCAACCAGUCUUUGGAUACCAAACAACCACGACAAUAUUUCAUUGGUGUGCUGGAUAUUGCUGGUUUUGAGAUAUUUGAUUUUAACAGUUUCGAACAGCUGUGCAUCAACUUCACCAAUGAAAAGCUACAGCAGUUCUUCAAUCACCAUAUGUUUGUCCUGGAACAGGAAGAGUAUAAAAAAGAAGGCAUAGACUGGGAAUUCAUUGACUUUGGCAUGGAUCUGCAGGCCUGCAUUGAUCUUAUUGAGAAGCCUUUGGGCAUAAUGUCCAUUUUAGAAGAAGAGUGCAUGUUCCCUAAGGCUAGUGACACGACCUUCAAAUCCAAGUUGUAUGACAACCACUUGGGCAAGUCCAAUAUGUUCCAAAAGCCCCGUGUUGUCAAAGGCAAACCGGAGGCUCAUUUUGCACUUGUACAUUAUGCUGGCACGGUGGAUUACAAUAUUACAGGCUGGUUGGAGAAAAACAAGGACCCCCUCAAUGAAACUGUAGUUGGGCUGUACCAAAAGUCCUCUGUCAAGAUGCUUAGCACGCUCUUCUCUAAUUACGCUGGAGCAGACAGCACAGCUGAGAAAUCAAGCAAAGGUGCGAAGAAGAAAGGCUCUUCAUUUCAGACCGUGUCUGCCUUGCAUAGGGAAAACUUAAAUAAACUGAUGACUAAUCUCAAGACAACUCAUCCUCACUUUGUCCGCUGCCUGAUUCCUAAUGAGCGCAAGGAGCCAGGUGCGAUGGAUAACUGUUUGGUUAUGCACCAGCUACGCUGUAAUGGUGUCUUAGAAGGCAUUCGUAUCUGCAGAAAAGGUUUUCCUAAUCGAAUUCUGUAUGGAGACUUCAGGCAGAGAUACCGUAUUCUGAACCCAGCUGCAAUCCCAGAGGGACAGUUCAUUGAUAGCCGUAAAGGGGCCGAAAAGCUCCUGGGAUCUCUGGACGUUGACCAUAGCCAGUAUAAAUUUGGACAUACUAAGGUGUUCUUUAAGGCUGGUUUACUUGGCACACUAGAAGAGAUGAGAGAUGAAGCGCUUUCUCGUAUUAUCACUGGAAUCCAAGCCAAUGGAAGAGCCAUGCUGAUGAGAUCAGAGUACAAAAAAAUUGUUGAGCGCAGAGAUUCUCUGCUUGUGAUCCAAUGGAACAUUCGUGCAUUCAUGGGGGUAAAGAACUGGCCCUGGAUGAAGCUGUAUUUCAAGAUCAAGCCGCUCUUGAAAACUGCAGAGACAGAGAAAGAGAUGGCCAACAUGAAGGAGGAGUUUACUAAACUCAAAGAAGCCCUAGAAAAAUCAGAGGCCAGACGCAAAGAGUUGGAAGAGAAAAUGGUUUCAUUGUUGCAAGAGAAAAAUGAUCUGCAACUCCAAGUCCAGUCUGAGCAAGAUAACCUAACAGAUGCUGAGGAACGGUGUGACCAGUUGAUCAAAAACAAGAUCCAGAUGGAGGCCAAGCUGAAGGAGACUACUGAACGCUUGGAGGAUGAGGAAGAAAUGAAUGCUGAGCUGACUGCCAAAAAACGGAAAUUGGAAGAUGAAUGUUCUGAGCUUAAAAAAGACAUUGAUGACCUAGAGCUCACUCUGGCCAAGGUGGAGAAAGAGAAGCAUGCAACUGAGAACAAGGUUAAAAACCUAACGGAGGAGAUGGCAGCAUUGGAUGAUACUAUUGCUAAGCUGACUAAAGAAAAGAAAGCUCUCCAAGAAGCUCAUCAGCAGACACUGGAUGACCUUCAGGCUGAGGAAGAUAAAGUGAACACGCUGACCAAAGCGAAGACAAAGCUGGAGCAGCAGGUGGAUGACCUGGAAGGGUCUUUGGAACAAGAGAAAAAGGUUCGAAUGGAUCUGGAGCGUGCCAAAAGGAAGCUUGAGGGUGACUUGAAGCUGAUGCAGGAAAAUGUAAUGGAUCUAGAAAAUGACAAACAACAGCUAGAAGAGAAAAUCAAGAAGAAAGAGUUUGAACUAAGCCAGAUGAACAGCCGAAUUGAGGAUGAGCAGGCAUUGGGCAUGCAAGCUCAGAAGAAACUGAAGGAGCAUCAGGCUCGCAUCGAAGAGUUAGAAGAGGAAUUGGAAGCAGAAAGAGCAGCUCGUGCCAAAGUGGAAAAGCAGAGAUCUGACCUCUCACGAGAGCUGGAGGAAAUCAGCGAGAGGCUGGAGGAAGCUGGAGGUGCAACCUCUGCCCAAGUGGAGCUGAACAAGAAAAGAGAAGCAGAAUUCCAGAAGAUCCGCCGUGAUCUAGAAGAAGCAACUCUCCAGCAUGAGGCAACAGCUGCAGCACUACGAAAGAAGCAUGCAGACAGCGUUGCUGAGCUGGGAGAGCAGAUAGACAACCUGCAAAGGGUCAAGCAGAAACUGGAGAAGGAAAAGAGCGAGCUCAAGUUAGAACUGGAUGACAUAGCCUCAAAUAUGGAGCAAGUAGUCAAGACUAAGGUAAAUUUGGAGAAGAUGUGUCGUUCACUGGAAGACCAGGUGAACGAAUAUCGCACUAAGAUUGAAGAAAGCCAACGCUCUCUCAAUGACUUCACCACUCAAAGAGCAAAACUUCUAACAGAAAAUGGUGAGCUUACAAGGCAGCUGGAGGAAAAGGAAUCUUUGAUUUCCCAACUGACACGUGGAAAGCAGUCAUACACACAACAACUGGAGGACAUUCGUAGACAGCUGGAAGAAGAAGUCAAGGCCAAGAAUGCACUUGCACAUGCGUUGCAGUCUGCCCGGCAUGACUGUGACUUACUUCGGGAACAAUUUGAGGAGGAGCAGGAGGCCAAGGCAGAGCUGCAGAGAGUGCUGUCCAAGGCAAAUGGGGAGGUGGCACAGUGGAGGAACAAAUAUGAGACGGAUGCCAUUCAGAGGACUGAGGAACUGGAGGAGGCAAAAAAGAAGCUGGCACAGAGAUUGCAGGAGUCUGAAGAAGCUGUGGAGGCCGUCAAUGCCAAAUGUUCCUCCCUAGAAAAGACCAAGCACCGGUUACAAGGAGAAAUUGAGGACCUCAUGCUGGAUCUGGAGCGGUCAAAUGCUGCAGCUGCAGCCCUAGACAAGAAGCAGAGGAACUUUGAUAAGGUUGUAGCAGAAUGGAAACAAAAAUUUGAAGAAUCCCAGAGUGAGCUUGAAGGAUCACAGAAAGAAUCCCGAACCCUGAGCACUGAAUUGUUCAAACUAAAGAAUGCCUACGAAGAAGCUCUGGACCAUCUGGAAACUCUUAAAAGAGAAAACAAAAAUUUGCAAGAGGAGAUUUCUGAUUUAACAGAACAGCUAGGAGAAGGUGGUAAAAGCGUGCAUGAGUUGGAGAAAGUCCGCAAGCAACUGGAAAUGGAAAAAGCUGAGCUACAGACGGCUUUAGAGGAAGCUGAGGCGUCCCUGGAGCAUGAAGAGGGAAAGAUCUUGCGUGGCCAGCUGGAGUUCAACCAGAUGAAGGCAGAUGUAGACCGCAAGUUGGCAGAGAAAGAUGAAGAAAUAGAACAAGCCAAGCGCAACAGUCAACGUGUGGUGGAAUCCCUACAGACCUCACUGGAAUCGGAGACCCGUAGCCGUAAUGAGGCCCUCCGCUUGAAGAAGAAAAUGGAGGGUGACCUGAAUGAGAUGGAAAUCCAACUAAGUGCAGCCAACAGACAGGCUGUAGAAUCACAGAAACAGCUCAAGAUGGUACACGCCAAUCUUAAGGAUUCACAACUGCAGCUGGACGAUGCAGUCCGUGUCAGCGAUGAAUUCAAAGAGAACAUUGCCAUUGUGGAGCGUCGCAACAACCUCUUACAAGCAGAGCUCGAGGAGCUGCGCAACAUCCUGGAACAGACAGAAAGGGCCCGUAAGCUGGCUGAGCAGGAGCUACUUGACACCAGUGAGAGGAUGCAGCUUUUACACUCACAGAACACCAGCCUUAUAAACCAGAAAAAGAAGUUGGAAUCAGACAUAUCUCAACUGCAGAGUGAAGUGGAAGAGUCAGUACAAGAAUGCCGAAAUGCUGAGGAGAAGGCAAAGAAAGCCAUUACUGACGCUGCCAUGAUGGCAGAGGAGCUGAAGAAGGAGCAGGACACUAGCGCUCACUUAGAGCGCAUGAAGAAGAACAUGGAGCAGACCAUCAAGGACCUGCAGCACCGACUGGAUGAGGCAGAGCAAAUUGCAAUGAAGGGAGGCAAGAAGCAGCUUCAGAAGCUGGAAGCUCGGGUCCGAGACCUGGAGAAUGAAUUGGAGGCAGAACUGAAGCGUGGCGCCGAUUCCAUUAAGGGCAUUCGGAAAUACGAGCGCAGGGUCAAGGAGCUCACGUAUCAGACAGAGGAAGAUCGCAAGAACAUGGCGCGACUACAGGACCUGGUGGACAAACUGCAACUGAAGGUCAAGUCAUACAAGCGCUCUGCUGAAGAGGCUGAGGAGCAGGCUAAUACCAACCUAGCUAAAUUCCGCAAGCUUCAACAUGAAUUAGAUGAGGCUCAGGAGAGAGCCGACAUUGCGGAGAGCCAAGUGAACAAGCUGCGUGCCAAAAGCCGGGAUGGGGCGAGUAAGAAGUCUCACGAUGAAGAAUGAAGGGCCUUCAGUACACUGUUCGGUCUGUGAGCCAUCGUGGAGCGUCUCUGCUGUACGUGUUGUUGUUCAAUAAAUACGUAGCUGCAGCUUCAA